UAAUUGAUAUUUCGAUUUGUGGCUUUCUAUUUUUUUCUGGUGCCUUCGUCUGUAUCAUCGAUAUGUCAUACAAAAAGGUGUGCGCGGACGGCGCACAACCACUAGGUCACGUGCUUCCGUUAGUGCUCUUCCUGCUCCGUCGUUACUUUCACUGCCGGCGACGCGUCGGUCGGGUCGGGGUCGACGCCGAAGUCUGACAACUGCUGCAACACCAAACGAAGCCGAAAUUCCGUUCCGGCCAGAGUUCUGUGCGACCGUGCAUGCACAGCUGUUUACAUUGUUGGUCGGUGAGUGGAUGGAGAGGUUGCGAGAUAGCUAGUCUGCUAGAAGCAGUUGAACCUUAUCAGUUCGACUCGAUUUUAUUUCGGGGAGGCGAAGCGUCCGAGAUAGCGCGGCUCCUUCAAGGUGUCGGCAGCCGCCGCGUAGUCAAUGAAGCACAAAAUUGGAUCCCGCCGAGUGGGGCGACGACGACACCACCGGAAUCUAAUUCGACACACGGAGCUAUUUGCGUGCAGCUGGAGUGGCCCCGGGCCGAAAAGCUAUAAGCGCGCAAGGGCAUCUGUUUUUUCUGGGAGCAGUAGCAGUAGGUGGCGCUUGUUGGUUUCAUGAAUCCCAUCCACCCGAGCGAGGAGGACUCCCCCUAAAUCAGUACACGGAUGGCCGGACGACGGGACGGAUACCGCCGCGUAGCGCGACGCAAUGUACCGGUUCAAUUCUCAAGUGGCAAAUCGUUCGUGCAUCAUCUCUAAUCAAGAGACGCUAAACGAUCAUCAAGUGCGCACCGCGUGUGUGUGUUUCCGCGCGUGUCCGCGGUGAGUGCGCGAGCAGGAACACUACCCACCAACCCACUGCGGGACUGGGAGAGAACGAAAAGGAGAGUGAGCCGAAAUUGUGCAAAAAUUUCGCCAGAUAGGUGCAACAGCAGUAAUGUCGCGAUUCUAGUCGCCGAAGGGUCGCCGCGUUGUCGUCGUCGCGUUACGAAGGGGCGUUCGUUUGCGCGAGGUGAAGUUCUGUUUUUUGUUCGCGCGAAAGUGACAGUGAUUUAUCGGACGGUUCGCGUUAUCGUCGCGUCGUGGCGUGGUCGGUGGCGCCCCCUUCGCGGUUCGUGCUAGUGUGUAAACAAACGGAUCCACUGUAACAGAGCCAGUAGUGAUUCUAGGGAACAUCGGAGGGUUGAAAACGUGUGCACGCCGAAAGGUGACAAUGCGCAAACCGAUAUCGUUCGUGAUGCCGAGCAAGAGUUGCGCAUGUGGGCCGUGUGUCGUCGUCGUCGCUAUCGUCUAGCGCAGCUCCUAGCUCUAAAGUGUCUCCUCGUGUCUCUUAUAGUGUAAUGUAGUGUUGGUGAGAGAGACAGAGAAGAUUGUUUUGUUUUAUUUGAGAAUACCCGAACAACUGCCCGGCCGCUGGCUGGUUGGCUGGCUGCAGCUCUCAAUUAGUGCGCGCGUAUCAAUUGCGAAUGGUGGAUGGAGGCAAAUUUUCCCCGACCGCAAACAGAAGGGAACACGUACGACACCCACGGGUGGUGGCGGAGGUGGGACAACGGAACGCUGUCAGAGACGAUUUACACAUUGAUAAAAACGGAAAUCUUCGAUUGGAGACAUCGCGAUGAAGUGCACCUCGUGCGUCAGUAGCCGAACCAAGAGCGACGAUGACGACGAUUAUGAAGUGACCGCAGAGAUAGCCAGUCCCACCAGAACCAUGGACAAGAUCGAAGAGGAAUACCGCGUUGAGUCGCCACCCACCAUCCCGGAACAACCAUCCACCUCCAGAGGGCUUCCCUCGGUUUCGAUAGUGGAACUUCCCCCGGACUACCGCGGUGAGUCGUCACGAGUCUACGAUAUCGCUCUGGACAAACAGCACAGCCCUAGCCCCAGCAGCAGCUCACAUUUUCUGAGACCACUCGAUGUGAUUACUGAGGAGAGCAGCGACAUCAGCGAUUCCGAGAACCGGCCACUCCCACCGAAACCGGAUCUCUGCUUUCCACGACCGAAGGCACGCUUUAAGAAGGCCAAGUCCCGGAAUCUGCUGAAAAGCCUGCUUCAGCCGAAACAGGAACAGACAACCUGCGUCCUGGUGGACGCCAAAAUUGCCGAAUCUGCACCGGAAGAAUACCGCAGCGUUUGCACAACGGAAGUCGUUCCUGAGGAAAUCCUCGAAGUGGAGGUCAUCGAUCUGGGCUCGAAUUCGAGCAGUUUGGCGGACCUAACCGAAAUCGAUGACCUUGAAGAAGCCGCCGAAUCGUACCCAAGUGACGUCAUCGAACCUGAGCGUGAUCCAGAUAAGAUAAACAACAACGGUACGAUUGACAUGAGCGGUGGCCGCGGCGGCGCUAAUGAGUUCCGCAAAGCGACGUCAGCUCCGUCGCCGCCGCCGAAUCGAGAUGAUAAUGACAAUGAAAUCGAUUUAGAAUCGAGUGCAACGACUGAACUUGCCGUUGGUGGUGCAGACAGAGAAGAGGAACAAGUGUACAGCGAGGAAGACAACAACCGGUACGAUCACGACGACGCCGACGCCGAUGCCGCAGCCGCCGACAAUCGUGAGAGCAAAACAAGCGAAAUUUUCACGCAGACGCACGCAGCUACGCAGUGUGAUGACGCUGACGAUGAUGAUGAUGACGAUGACGGUGAGUUUCACGAAAAUGAUCGCAACGAGUCGGACCGGGACUGCGAAGACGAUCGACGUGGAUCGAAGUCUAGUCUGCCCGCGGAUGUUGAUCGUGCUGGCGUCGUGACGCAGCAGCAUCGGAAUGUCAUUGAGGUGAAAGAGUGCACCGAAGACGAACCGAUCGUGAUCGAUUGUGAUUGUGUUGUGACUCAUCUAAGCCGACCCAGCAGCAGUAGCAGUGGUGAAGAUCGUCGUCAUCCGGUGGAGGUGAUCGAAGAUUCCGGUGGGGUUGAACCCAAAACAAUCGAAAUGACCGAAGAACGUGAGCAAGUGCCAAAACCGCCGCCGCCAAUCCCGUUGCCGCCGCCGCCAGCCGCUGUUGCUCCGAAGCGGCCUCCACCGCCGCCAGCCGUCAUUGCAGCGCCUACUAGGACGGUUGCACCGAAGCGGCCUCCGCCACCGCCACCGUCGCCAACUAGCGACGAAGUGACUAAUUUAGGUCAGGACGACAUUAGCGGCGGCUCAACUGCGGUGGCGUGCGGCGAAAAUGCUCAAAUUCAUAGUGGCAGUGAUACUGGUGAAGCUGAUUCUGCAAAUGUUGAUCAGAAUAGUGCGCAAGAUAGUGUCGAUGCAGUAGUGGAAGAAACCGCCACCGAUGGCGAUAGUGAUUCGAGUGUUCUGUUGAAGUUCCUACAAGAUUCGCAGCCGCCAGCGGCGGAAACCAGUGUGGAAAAUCGUCCCACUUUCGGCGACGAAAAGCCGCAGCAAAAUUUACCAGCGGUGAAAACAAAAAUAGAACGCACGGUGAAAAGCGACCAGCUGAAUUAUGAAAUCGUUCAAGAUCAUCGCGUGCUAAGGGAAGAAACUGUGACCACUGCUACUGCUGCUGCUACUACCCACACUUCUACGGGUGAGGUGAUUUUACGACGUCAAGGAAGCCGCCAUCAAUCCGAAUCGCAUCCCAAAGAACCCUCGCCAGAACAGAAAGCCGCCCUGGUGCACGAUCUACGCAACGAAAUUAGCCGCAUCAAGGACGCCGAGCUGCAGGAAGAGUUUCGCAAGCUCGAACUCGAAGCGGCUCGAUUUGAGGAGGAACUAGAUAAAAUCAGCAUCAUGCCCAUCUCAACCCUGCCUCCCCCUCAUUCCGAAAACCUGACCUACUAUGUUUCUAAACAGAACGACUUUGCAGUGGAACGGCCCCCUCCUCCGCGCAGUAAACCGCCCCCACCUGUUGCGCCCCAAACGCCCUCUUCCUCCACCUCCAGUGUUGCCAAAUCCUCUUCCAACGAUCAGCUCUACAACGAAUGGCAGCAAAAGAUGGAGGAGCGCGAAGCGCGCCGCUUGCACAAAGUCAUACAACUCUCCAAAACCUCUACGAACGAUCCCGUCCCCCAGUCCCAGCCCAUCCCUCUCCCCGCCCCUCCUAAAACCCCACCGGAAGAUCCACCCACCGAAGACGAAUACCUUCGGAAGGUGAAAGAUCGCCGCCGGAAGUUUACCUUCCCCGCCACCGGCGAUGGCAACUGCGAGGAAGGCAACGGCACUGCAAGUGCCCCGGCCACACCGGUUGCCGGUCGGAAGCCGGUUCCGAAACACAUCGAAGCGGAAUUUGCCCAGUUUGCUGAGAUUCGGAAAGCGCAGCAGCAACAACAACAAGAGGAGCAGAAACCGGUGGUCAAGGCAGCCGCCGAAAGCAAUGCUGCUCAAAGUCAUCUGCAACAGCAGCAGCAGCAUCAACAGAACCGACGGUCGCGUCUCGGUAUAAAUCAAGCGAAAAGCUUCCAACAUGCACCACCAACUACGAAUGGCAGUGGCUCCACUAAUGGACACUGCAAACCGAGCAGUGUUGCCAGAUCGUCGUCUGUUGGCAGCACCGAUGUUACUGCAGCGGAAGAAACCGUCAAAGUGAGUGCUCUUAUCGAAGUGCAUCAGCAAAAACAGCGUGAACUGCUGCGGCAGGACAGUUAUAAGGCGGCCAUUAGAAGUGCUGCCAGUGCUUCGGUGGAGAAUAUUUCCACGCAAAAUGGUGCCGGAGGGGAAGAAGAACCUCCUGCACCGGUGUCCGUCAGUGCCAAGUGUCAAGAGUUUGAACGUCGGCUUCAGCGUAGUGCUAGUUGUGACGGUCGGAAGCCAGUGGUGCCGGCUCCGGUGAAGAACGGUGGUGGAGGUGGUGGUGCUGGUGGCAAUGUGUCCAGUUUGUCUUCGGCGACUAAAGUUGGUGGUGGAUCGGUGCAGCAAACUAUGGAUAGUCAGCGUCGCAUCGGCGUCUGGUCCCCGCACAACCGCUCGACCGAAAUUCUCACCAAGGCAGAACUAGCCGAACGGAGCAAAGACUCCGGCAAGGAACCGCUCCAGCCCGUUUGGACACCCCGCAGCGCCCCACCAUCCCCGGUCAGCGAGCGGCGUGAGUUCCGCCCAAUCGGAUUCGAAUCUCCCACUCCGACGCGCCGGAACCUAGCACCACCCUCAUCGGCGUCGUCGCGUGCCGAAACACCACAAGUGCCUGCUCCCUGGAACACAGCGUCCGGUUACGACCGACCGGUUGAGUUCAGUGCCACUCCGCCCACAACAGCCACCACAGCAGUCCGCUCCUCAACCGAGGCUGCGGCAGCGGCGUCUUCCGAGAGCAGUUCCCGGAGGCAGCUGCACCAACUGCAAAACUCCAACUCAUUGCCCACCAUCGGACCACGGGACCACACUCCGGCACCAGCGCCGCCGUCGCACACGGUCCGGUUUGCACCGCACGUCAAACCGGUGCCGGCCAGUCCGGUCAGUCCGACCAUCAAUACGAUACUCAAGUCCAAGGAUGGCAAAGUUAGCCAGCAGGUGAAUGCGUUCGAGUCGGGAGGUGCCAGCCAACAGCAGCAGCAGCAGUCCAAUGUCUACCAAACUUCAUCCAGUCGUACUACAGUCACUCAGCAGCAUCACCACCAACACCAACAGCAGCAGCAGCAACAUCAGUAUCAGCGGACCAGCAGCGGAACCCGGCUGGGAGGAAGAACAUCCGAAAUAAGUACCCCGAUCAAGAUCGAGUAUCUCAGCGAGCCGGAAUCUUCGACGGCGGUGGACAGUGCCCGGUGGGCGGCGAUGUCACAGCUGUCGCCCAACAAACUGGACGGAAUUGGACCAACAACGCGCGAAGGGAUGCCGCUCACACUGAGAUCGGAAGUCGAUGAGAACAACCAAGCCAAAUGGUACAAGAAGAUGUACCAAACCCUGCACAAAGCACAAAAUGACGAUGACUUCGUGACUGUACGAUACAAAACACGUCGAGGCAACUUUCCCUACAAAACCAGCGGGUACCAGUCGGAACCGGAACCGAACUACGACUCCGACUACACCAUCAAAUACAGCACCCUCGACCGGAGACGAACGCCAACGGCACUGAAUCCCACCAGUUACUCCAGGUUCAACACCCUCCAGCACGGAUCGGCCAUUCGAUCCGGGACGCCCCAGUAUCGGAACCAGCCGGGCCGUAUCGAGAACUACACCCCCGGACGGUCGUCCAUUUCGGAGAAAGAAUCCAAAGAGUGGUGGGACGAAGUGAUGGAUAUCUUCAAUGGGCAAUUGGAGCAUCAGAAACUCAGUACCAGUAAAACGUACACCGAAGGAAACUUGUCCAGAGCCCUCAGCAAAGAGCAAGGCGGCUACGACAGCGACACGACGCUAAUCUUCCGCAAGAAGGAACCCCCCACCAGCGCAGCGCUGAGCCCCAUCGAGCAGAAGCAGUACUACAAGAACAUGCAGGCAGGUGGUGAAAUCCCCGUCCAAGGAUUCCGCAAGCCGGCACCGGAAAAGCCCAAAGAUGGCGACAGCGAACUGCAGGUCCAGAUUCAAGAGGUUGUCCAAGAAGUUCUACCUACCAUGGCAACCAAUCCGUUUUUGGUUCCUCCAAAGGAGAUCACUUGCUAUCCGAUCACCAGCAUUUCACGUCCGCUAGACAUGUUUGGACCUUUCCCGAAGGAAGUGCGUUCCUUUGUACCGGUGGCGCCACCUGCACCCCCAAAUCGCAAGUCUUCUCGCAGUAAUUCCACUUUGAGAAUUAUGUCCCAAAUCAAAACAAAGAACUACGACAAGAAAACGGUGGUUGAAGCAAGCAGCAGCAGCGCCGCUGGUACCAAAACCCUUCGGAAAGUGGACCAAUACAGGUCCAAAUCCGCCGGACCGGUCUUUGCCACCUCCUAUGUGGCUUCUUCGAUCAAGGAAGAGAAAAACCUGGAGAACAGUACUCGCGUAGCUAAACGAUAUACUUAUCGUGCAAGCUCCAGCAGCCCUGUCAGAAAGGCUAGCCCGAGUCCGGUAGCUUUUGGCAGAGGAAUCUCCAAGGAAAGGACGUUCGCCGAAGAAAAGAAACGAUUGGAACAGAAACUACCGAAGGUAUGCGGCAGAGACGUAACCGUCUCCACGAGUAUCCUCCGCAAUCCGGAGCUCAAAUCUCCAAACGAGGUCAAGAAAGCUCUUCGCAGCUCAUACCUUCCGUUGGUCAUCGAUAGACCGGAGCGAUUCGCCACAGCUUCCAGAACUCUUCGUCGCAUUUCAUCCAAUUUCAAGAGCGCUUCCAGCAUCUACUCAUCCAAACAGAGUCUCAGUAAAGCCAGCACUUCUUCCGUCGGAGCAGGCAAGAAAGACGACAAAGCUCUAAAAGUAACCGUAUCCGUGUCAUCUCGUGGAAAAGAACUCGUUCGUGCCUCGACCACGCAAAAACCUCAGAAAACCAAAGGCAAAACUUCUCCAACAAUCACCAUCAAAUCCAAUAUCCAGAAGGUCACCAAAAGUCUCGGUCUCAAAUCGAAAACCCCUUCCACCCAAAGCCUGGCCCGCACCAACUCGACCUUCUCGAUCGACUCCACCAACUCCAAACGCAAAUCGCGUGCCUCCUUUAUCCCAGCUUCCUUCACUUCCAAAAAGCCUUCCACUCUUGUCCCGAUAACGCGAAAAGAUCCCGCCAAACCAUCCCGGAAAUCGAAAAAAGUCGAAAGCUACAGCGAGCGUAUCGUCCAGCAAAACGACCUCGUACGCACGGAUUCUUUUUUCCAGAAUCUAUUCCUGAGGAAAUCCUCGCCGGUACCGCCCGGCUGCAGCUCCGGAGCCGAUCCACCUCAGACCUCGGUCCGGGAGAAGGCUCGCUUGUGGAACAGCUUGUCGGCGAAAUCCGAACCCUCGUUGAAGCAGCCGAACUACUAUCUCACCCAGGCCAAACCCGUAUCGUUAUCGAAAUUCAAAACGAUGGAUACCGGAUACGGUACAUGCCGUAGUGGAAGCCCCACCCGUGGAACCAUUACCACCGGUGAGGUCAUCGAGCAGGUGCAACGGUACGAAUCGCUGAUUCAGUUGACCGACGAGGAGGAUGAGUUUGGCUACCUGCGAGGACGCAGCAUGAAGAUAGACUACAGCUACCAUGAGCGCAGCAAGAGCGAACCACCGGUACAGACGUUGAUCGCCGAGGUCGUUCAUACGGACGGCCCAAGAACCCUUCUGGGAAGAAAGUCAGUCGAAUAUUCGCAGACUACCAAGCGAUCAUCUCGAUCGCCAUCCUGCCGGCGAAUUCAGCACUUCAAAGGCGAAGGCAACGUCAAGAAGAUCGUACGCGCACGUAGCCUGAGCACUACUGAUCGUAACGCGAAUCAGCACUCCGAUGAGCUGGUGCGAAGCCACUCGAUGAACUUGGGCAGCUACGAGAAGCACGGUCCGAUCUGCCGCCACAGACGGUCCGAUCGUUUCCAGGACUUGAACGAAUUCUAUUGCAGCUUGGAACGGCUGGGUCAGCUGGAGAAGGUGACUUCAUCGACGGAUUUGCGCCCUCGCCGCAAGGAAGAGGAGAUUAUUGAUUUUGAUUUAUGGCGGAAGGUUCGCGAUCAGGAGAAAGUGGAACGGGAGAUGAACCAGCUGUUGCAUCGGUUGAAGCAGGAUCAGAGGGAUAAGGAUUUGCUGUUUCUGGCACAUGAUCCGGAUGACAUCCGCUGGAAAAGCGACUUGGAUACUGGGUUGAGAAAUAAGGAGAAGUCUGUGGAUGAUUUGAAGGGGGAGCUGAGCAAGAAGGUAUUGCAUUUUGAAGAGUUCACGAAGAGGGAGUUAGAAACAAAGAAAGAUAAUUACAAGCCAUUGUGGAGAGGAUCUUCGGUGGUGGACGUAGCUUCGCAGAUGGCGGAAAAGUACAGUGGUUCGAUGUCACUGGAAGCGGAUAAACGAUACGGAAUUAGCAACAAUCUGUUGAGUACACUGUCAAGCGAUCAGAUGAAGAAACUGAAGAGUCAGCUCAGUGAAAUUUACUGCCAGAAGGAGGAAGCGAAGGCUGUUCCCAAGGAGGAAUAUGUUAUUCAUGUCCCAGAAGCAAGAAGCAAGUCAGCUUCAAGCACGCUCAAGGUUAGGAGCAAUUCUGUUUUGACCAAGGAUCAGGUGAACGAAGCACAAUUCAGACCGCGAAUCGAGAAAGAAAGCAAGGUUGCUACUAUCCAGAAGACGUUCGAGCAGAAGAACAAGCAGGAUGCUCUCUGUCAAGAGUUGAAGAACAAGAUCAUGGAAAAGCACGCAAGUCACACACUGCCCAGUAUGAAGAAAAAGGAGCGGCCAUCGAUAUUGCCUCAAAAGGAAGAGUAUUUCUCACUUCAGACCGAUUAUCGAAUGACACACGGCGGAAAGAAGUUUGAGGAAGCUAGCGAGGAAGUUGUUAUGCGAAAGUCGAGGACGCUGGAUAGAGAACGUCCGCAUUCGUACUGCGAAACGGAGAGUGUAUCUUCAGAGACCAGCAACAGGACAGUGAUUUUUCGAAAUACUUCCGAUGACGUCAAGAGCAAAAUCAAGUAUUUCGAAGAAAGACGCAAAGAGGACGUACCUACUGUUACCGUCUACCACGCAAGGGAAUCAUCCACGGAUGAGGAUGACACCGCCAAGGUAAGCGAGGAGCGGACCAUUGAAGUGAAGACUUCUCAAGGAGUGUCACCGCUAUUGAACUCCCAGUCGUACACAGAUUUGAAGGAUCUCUUCGGAGAAAAACCUUCCAUGAUGUACGCUUACAACUACCAGGAAAGCAAACAGCCUUCAAAAAACUUCACGUUUCGUUCGCGUAGCUCUACUCCGGAAUACGCGACGUGCAUUCAAACCGGAGAAGUGAAGAAGAUAAAGGAUAAGUUCGAAAGCUUAGACGCAAACAUGUGGAAACAACCGUCGAGAGACACGAGCCCUCGUCAAUAUCAAAGCGAUUCCGAACUGAAUCGACCUUUCGGGGAAAGAGAAAUUGUAAAGGCGAACAGGAAGAUUACAGUGAAGCAACACGAAACUGGGGAUGUAUCAAGGAUGACUCACAAAUACGAAGUACAAUCAUCACGAGCUCGCAGUCGAAAGAGGAAGGAGCGGGCUAAUUCACCGAUUCCAAAGCACCCGCUUCGUAAGGAUGAUCGUUUCAUGCCGCACAUCAACGUCAUCAGUAAAACGGCAUCACUGAAGCGGGAAAUCAAGAGUUCACGUUCUCCACCGAGAGAACGAUCGACGAGUGGAGGCUGCAGCGGUCCAGAGGUCGAGAAGAUCAAAAGUAAGUUUGAAACGGUGGAGAACCUGUCGAUAUUGGCCCACCAAUAUCCCAAGCCCGCAGACAAUGCACGCUCGAUCACUGCACCAGACCAGUCACCACCGGGGCAGAAGCCUGGCCGUCGACACCGGCACCGGAGCGAUAAGCUUCGCUCCUGUUCAACCUCACCGCCAAGGCACAAGGACAAAUCGGACGGGACCGCUUUCUUGAAACAGUUCUAUGACGUCUUCGCCGAGCAGAAGUUCGACCCAAGCAUCCAUCGGCCCAAGUAUCGGUACGUUCCGGACCGGCAGCUGAACGCGGAGCAUCUCUGGAAGAAGAUCCAGACUAUGACUGGCAGCCGCGGAGGUGGUUGUACUGCCAAGGCUUCCGUCACCUUUGAAGAAUUUAGUAACGUGCCUCCAGCGCCUCCCAUGAAAGGAACGCCACUGCCCAACUCCUCCUCCCCGUACUCGAAGAGCUCAAACGAACCAGAGUCUCCCCGUCGCUACAUCGAGAGCGAUGUCAACAUCCACUACAAGACGCCCAUCCGGUACGAGUACAAGGAAGCCAUCCCGGACGAUGAGCUGGCGUACCGGCAGGCGGAGCACAUGCGCCGCGUCUACCAGGAGGAACGACGCCGCAAGUACAUGCACGAGCUCGAAGAUCUGCACAACCGACGGCACACCGACAACUUCACGCCCUCGCAGAAGUCGCCGAUCCCGCUGAACCGCUACGAGGACUUCGAAGCGGACCUCUCGCCGAAACCGGCCGGCGGCCAGGUGCUGUCGCGAACGAUCAUUGCCCGGGCGCUGUACAACUUCCAGGGCCAGUCCGCUAGGGAACUGUCGUUCAAAAAGGGUGACCUCAUCUACCUGCGGAGACAAAUCGACAAGAAUUGGUACGAAGGUGAACACAAUGCCAUGAUCGGACUCUUGCCUGCCAACUACAUUGAAAUCCUCCCACGGGAAGGUGCCAAACCCCUGCCGAAGAAGCCCCAGCGCGAGGGAAAGGCCCGCGCCAAGUUCAACUUCACCGCUCAAACGGCGGUCGAACUGUCGCUGCUGAAAGGAGAGCUGGUUACACUAACCCGACGAGUGGACGAGAACUGGUUCGAGGGACGAAUCGGCACCAAGAAGGGAAUCUUCCCCGUUUCAUACGUAGAGGUUCUAACUGACAUCGGCGGCGAGGAGAGUUACGAAAUCGAACCGAUUGUGAAGCCGAAUCUACAGACGAUACAGACGCAUACGCUGACGACCGGCGGAUAUGAUGGCUUGAGCAAUGGAAGGGUGUCGCCAGGAAUCAUCCGGGAGACGAAGACGGUGCAGAAGACGGAAGUGCUGCACGUGGACACCACGAAUGAGCCCAUUUCCUACCGCGCGCGCAGUGCGUUGUUCAUCAGCACUGGGACUGGCAGCUGUGUUUUGAGAUCGAACAAAAAACAACAUCGACGCUCGCUUUUAUAAAACCGGCGAAGGCGCGAAGGAGGAGGUUAUUGCCAUUCUCAACGGCUUUAUACCUACUAGUAAGUUGGGUCUGGUGGUCGGUCAUCAGCAAUGCAGUCAUCAUCGCUCGACUCGGCUUAAGGUGCGACUAAGUAUAUACCACUGGAUCUGACUCAUUGUGAUCUCAGCUGGUCUUCUCAAUAAAGCCGGUUUCCAACCGCAGAAUUUGUCCAGUUAUUGCGCACUUUUUAUUUAUUUUGCUAAUAUGAUCUUUUGCCUUGGAUGGCAGACCGGCUGGUGAGAAGUAACAUGCACGGCCGCCGGUGAGGUUUGGUCAUUUCGAAUUGGCUCUAGUGCUAGUUCAUGGCGGCUCGACCAGCUCGACGAGGAACCGAGCUGAAAUGGUU